CUCUAGACUCAACACCCAUGGGUGCAGGGGUGAGGGCUGUCCUUAAGGGCAAGGCCCCUGUGCUGUUCCAGACCCUGCCUCUCCUCCUCCAGACAACUCCCUAGUGACCACAGAGGGGAAUGGAGUCUGGGCUCUCUGCUCUGCCUAACCCAGCUCCUCAUUCCUGGGGUUUAGAAUGAACAAAUAUACAGCAGCCUGCAAAUGAGACUGUGAUCAGAGCCUGGUCCCCAGAGGUGGAGCUGGCAUUGGACAGUCUCUGCUGGAUGUAAGUUGGGGCAUAGGGCAGAGGCCAGGCUGAGGCCACCCUAGACACAAGAUUCGCUGGUAACAGGGCUGUUGGGCUGGUACGCCGGGACUCCAAGCAUCUCUUGUGGACUCAGAUUAAUGUACAAAGCCAUCCAUGGCUCCUUUUCCUCCUUAUAACAUACACAAAUACAGGACAGGGAUCGAAAAAGGGUCUUGGGCUGUUCUUUCAGGGGAUGUGAGAAUAUGCCCCCACCACCUUCUAUCACUUGUGAAGCUUCCCUGAAUAGUCCUGCUCCUGCUUGGGGUGCCUUUUGUUGUAUUCCUGGUCACCGGCACCUGGCUCCCGGCCCUCCUGGCCAACCUCUCUCUUCCCGGCCCUGUGAUUCUUUGUCAAACACCCCUGGACUGAAUUUGAAGUCAUGUCUUUGCUCCUACUUCAGUGAGCAUGGUUCCUGCUUCUGGGUGGCUGAAUGUGAGGGGCAGGUGGUGGGCAUGGUGGGUGCUCUGCCCGUGAAGGACCCUGCCCUGAGGAAGGAGCAGCUGGAGUUGCUUCACCUUUGUGUGGCUUUGGGGCACCGAGGCCGCGGGAUAGCCAAAGCCCUGGUCAGGACUGUCCUCCAGUUUGGGCAGGACCAGGGCUACAGUGCAGUCGUCCUCAGCACCAGCUCGCUGCAGUACUCUGCUCUGGCCCUCUACCAGCGCAUGGGCUUCCAGAAGACACACCACUACUUCUUCUCCUUGUGCUGGAGGAUAAUUGCUGCACAUUCAAUUCAAUUCAUCUACCACCUUCCCUGUGCUCAGGUCUCCAAGGAGAUGAAGCAAGGUGGGGCCUGUGACCCGCUCAUAGUGGAUUAGUCAGGAGAGGAUCAGCUCUGCUGCAGUAACAAGCAAGCUUGAAAUUGUGUGAGUCACAAUAAAAGCUGAUUGCUGGUUCA